AUGUCUAAUAUUAAGGGUUUGAUCAGAAACACGAGCAAGAAGACAUUUAAGCAUUAUGUAAUGAUAUUCAUAAGAAAGGGGUACAUGCAAGAUGGCGUUAAAACAAGGGUUAAUGUGAAAUUUUCUGGUCAGUGUGAAAGGGGUGAUGUGUUAAGUGUAACCAGAAAUAUGAAAGCUGUACGAGCAAGUUUAAUCAUUGUUUGUGGACUAGAAAUUAUGAUAAAGAUACUACUCUAUAAUUUAGCUAGAAGGAGAAUAUUAUACAAGAAUUUCCGUAACAGAUAUAAGAUUAAUGGAACUCAAAAAAUUGUAGGAAAGCUUUUAAGAGAGGAAGAUUAUAUUAAGAGAAGAAGUUCGAGUAACGAAAAGAUUGUAUUUUAUGUAGAUUAA